AGAUGCUACUGGGUGUAAGAUCACCUCAGACAAGCCAAUUCCCUUGGCAAAUGACAAACGCGGCAAUUCGAAGCGUGGCUAAACAAAAGUGAACAACUGGAAAAAUAUACAGAUCGUGUUUAUUAAAAGUAAAGAAAAAAUUAAUGUUAUCAAAAAUAUUUUAAUACGCGUGUGAAUAAAAAACGAAACAUAUUAAAAGAAAUGGCCGCAGAAACGACAACAGACAAAGCGCCUGCCGACAAUGACACACCGCCAAAUCGAACGCUCCCAAGCGUGUUGCAAAGCUCUGAAAAGCAAGCAGAAUCAGAGCAAAAAAAGGAUGUGCCAGCGGAUUUCGAGACAGCUAUGGAAGCAGCGGGUUUUGGUACGUUCAAUAUUUUGCUAUUGAUCUGCGCGUGUCCCGCUGCUAUAGCCACGGUGUCCGAGACGUCGACUAUGUCCUUCAUACUGCCGAGUGCUGAAUGUGAUCUCAAGCUAACGCUGCUUCAUAAAGGACUGCUAAAUGCCAUCACCUAUGCAGGCAUGAUCAGUUCGGCGGUGCUGUGGGGUUAUUUGGCCGACACAAAGGGACGCAAAAAACUACUAAUUCUCGGUUAUCUAAGUAAUCUUAUACCAGGAUUAGGUGCAGUUAGCAGUCAAAAUGUCAUACAACUGAUGAUCUUCAAAUUCAUAGCCGGUUUUAUUAUGUGUGGUCCAUUCGCGAUACUUAUGAGUUACUUGACUGAAUUGCAUGGCAAGAAAUUUCGUUCGCGCAUAGUUAUGCUUAUGGGCCUAAUGUUUUCGGUGGGCAACAUAUUACUGCCAAUAAUUGCUUUAACGGUGUUACCCAAACAUUGGGAUUUCGAAUUGCUGGGUUUGCAGUUUCAUUCAUGGCAAGUGUUUUUGGCGAUUACCAUGAUACCCAAUCUACUUGGCGGUAUUUUGCUCAAUUUCUUCCCCGAAAGUCCGAAGUUUUUAAUGUCACAAGGUCGCAAUGCGGAAGCUAUGCGUGCUUUUCAGCGAAUCUACGCGCUCAAUCAUUGGAAGCCACGCGAAGAUUUUCCGAUCAAAGAACUCAUGAAUGAACUGCCUAGUGCAGAAAAGGAGAGCGAUGCUUCGACUGUGAGCAUAGCUACGAUUGAAAGUUCGAUUCCAAAGGAGAAGCAGGUCAUGUCCUCUAACGAGCACGUAAAAGAGAAAAAGCCCAAAAUCACCUUGCGUCAAGGUUGGGAACAGUUACGUCCGCUACUUUCCAAACCUUAUCUUGGCCUCUCCGCUCGUGUUUAUCUCAUGAAUUUCGCUAUUUUGUUUGGCCAAAAUACUUUGCGUUUGUGGAUUCCCCAAAUGUUUGCUUCUAUUGAGGAAUACGAACAGAUGCAUGGCAGUGCUGGUUCUAGCAUGUGUACCAUUUUGGAGUACAGUGUUAACAAGACGCAAUUGUUGAAAAGUGAUUUUGCAGAUUUAGAAACGGCAAAAUGUGAAGUUGUUAUUACAGCCGCCUCCUUUACCAACAAUAUAACGGUAGCAGUAGCCAGUUUCAUAGGCUACUUUUUAGCUGGUUUCAUUGUUAAUCGAAUUGGCAGUAGAAUAAUGCUUACAAUUGGUGCCACGGCAGCUGGUCUUUGUGGUGUUGGUCUUUAUUUCUCAGUAUCCUCUUUGAGUACAUCAAUUGUUGCUGCAAUAUCAGUGACAAUGGGAAGCAUAUCAGCCAUGUCCAUUCUUAGCUCAUCGGUCGAUCUAUUUCCGACAUCGUUGAGAACAAUGGUUGUCUCUUUGGCUAUGAUGAUUGGACGCGUUGGAUCUAUAUUGGGCAAUAUAUUGUUUCCCAUUUUCAUGUCAUUUGGCUGUGUGCCACCAUUCAUUAUGCUCACGUUCGUGAUGUGGUCGGCCGCAAUUAUGUCAGCAUUUUUACCAAAUACCAGGAAGGUGGUUAUGAAAUAGAUGUGUGGGAAUUUUUAUAUGUCCAAAUGUGUAACUAACAUAAU